AGCUCCUCGGUUACUCUUCAUAUUUUACGAGUCUCCUUACUCGAAAACAACCAUAAAAUGUCUUUCCUUGGUGGUCGUGGCAAUACACCAGCUGGCUCCGUCAACCCGGAGCGCGUCGAGAUGGCCAUGCAAGAGCUUGACAUGAUUACGGACGUUUUCAACAAGCUCGUCUCGUCAUGUCACACCAAAUGCGUCAGCACACGAUACGCGGAAGGAGACUUGAACAAGGGCGAGAGCGUCUGCAUCGACCGCUGCGUAGCCAAAUUUUUCGAGGUCAACAAGAAGGUCGGCGAGAAGUUGCAAACAAUGGGGGGAGCUGCUGCUGGCGCGGGAGCGACACAAAGUGCGUUCGGACAGCUGUGAGGGUGUCGCCUGUCGAGGGAGCCCUGGUGAUAAAAACAUGUACCUUACUCUCAUAUAAUAUGCUCCGG